CGGCAUGCCCACCACCCUCCCUCCUCCCCCCCUCGCGGUCGCUCAUUCUGCUGGGGAUGACGGAGAGGCUCAACCUCAACCAACAACAGAAACAGUAGUUCUGGAAUCUGAAACCAUGAGUGGCUCCUGGGAUCCUCAUGCUCUCUUCAGCGGUGGUGGAAUCAGCUUCCUCACUGGUAACCGAAGCAGAAGGUUCAGUUACGGGUAUUCCAGUUUUAAGGGUAAAAGGGCAUCAAUGGAGGACUUUUACGAGACAAGAAUUUCAGAAGUUGAUGGCCAGAUGGUUGCAUUUUUUGGUGUUUUUGAUGGUCAUGGAGGUUCCAGAGCUGCAGAAUACCUCAAGAACAAUCUUUUCAAGAAUGUGAGCAGUCAUCCUGAUUUCAUCAAAGACACAAAGUCAGCCAUUGUUGAAGCAUUUAAACAAACAGAUACGGAUUACCUCAAUCAAGAAAAAGGCCAAACAAAAGAUGCUGGCUCAACUGCAUCAGCAGCUGUACUGCUAGGGGAUCGGCUUCUUGUUGCAAAUGUGGGAGAUUCCAGGGUCGUUGCUUGUAGAUCUGGUUCAGCUAUCCCAUUGUCGAUCGAUCACAAACCUGAUAGGUCUGAUGAACGCCAAAGGAUUGAACAGGCUGGAGGGUUCAUCAUAUGGGCAGGAACAUGGCGUGUCGGUGGCAUUCUUGCUGUAUCUCGUGCCUUUGGAGACAAACUGCUUAAGCCAUUUGUUGUUGCUGAGCCAGAAAUUCAGGAAGAAGAAAUUGAUGGUGUGGAGUUUCUGAUUAUUGCAAGUGAUGGACUUUGGAAUGUUGUAUCAAAUACGGAUGCAGUGGCUAUAGUGCGGGGAAUAUCAGAUGCUGAGGCUGCAUCAAGAAAGCUCAUAGAAGAAGCCUAUGCCCGAGGGAGCUCUGACAACAUCACUUGCGUCAUUGUUCGAUUUGAGAAUAUUUGACUAUUCAUUAGGGUUUAAAUGCCAAAUUCGAAAGGGUUAGAAGAAGAAGAUGGAGGUUUUCAGUUGCCAUGCUUUUGGCGCAAUGCUAUCAACAAUCGGUGUGGCAGUUGAGGUUUCAAGAUGAUUUUGAUCUACCCUUUCUUUGUUCAGUUAUUUGUUGUUUUCAUCCAUGCAAAAUAUAGGUUUUUUCAUUCUUGUUGUGGGGAUGGGAACUUGGUUUUGUAUCUGCAUCCCUUGUUCAAAGUAGGUAAUGUUUAUUACUGGAUGUAAAAUUACUUUGGCAUUACAAUUAAAGGAUUGUUAUAGAAGCCAAAAAAAUAAUCUAAUUGAAAA